CCAAGCGCCGUCCCCCUGCACCGCUCCGCCCGGUGGCCGGCUGAGGCUGGGGCCCCGGGCUCUGCGGCUCCGGCUCCUUCCGCGGUGAGCCGUGUGCCGCCGCAGCCAUGUCCCGAAAGCAAGCGGCGAAGAGCCGGCCGGGCAGCGGCGGCCGCAGAGCCGAGGCGGAGCGCAAGCGGGACGAGCGGGCGGCGCGCCGGGCGCUGGCCAAGGAGCGGCGGAACCGGCCGGAGCCUGGCGGCAGCGGCUGCGAGGAAGAGUUUGUGAGCUUCGCCAACCAACUGCAAGCCCUGGGGCUGAAGCUGCGGGAGGUGCCGGGGGACGGCAAUUGUCUGUUCAGAGCUCUGGGUGACCAGUUGGAGGGCCACUCUCGGAACCAUCUUAAACACCGCCAGGACACCGUGGACUACAUGAUACGGCAGCGGGAGGACUUUGAGCCCUUCGUGGAAGAUGACAUUCCCUUUGAGAAGCAUGUGGCCAGUUUGGCAAAGCCUGGUACUUUUGCUGGCAAUGAUGCAAUUGUAGCCUUUGCAAGAAACCAUCAAUUGAAUGUGGUGAUCCAUCAGCUUAAUGCCCCUUUGUGGCAGAUUCGAGGCACAGACAAAGGCAGCACAAGGGAGCUACACAUCGCCUACCGCUACGGUGAACACUAUGACAGCGUCCGGAGGAUCAAUGACAACUCAGAAGCGCCUGCUCAUCUCCUAACCGACUUCCAGAUGCUUCAUCAAGAUGGAGCAAAUAAAAAAGAGAAGAUGAAGACAAAAGGGGUGGACGUUAAAGAUGGCCUGAAAGAUGACAUGGAAGAUGCUGUCCACAAAGUUGGCAGUGCAACUGGAUGCACGGAUUUUAAUUUAAUAGUCCAGAACCUGGAGGCUGAAAAUUACAACAUUGAGUCUGCAGUAAUAGCUAUGCUUCAGGUGAACCAGGGCACAGGAACCGAUGCAGAGGAGAACCAUGAGCCUGGUGACAGAGUGAAGCAGCGGGGCCCUUCACGUGAGGAGGCAGGCAGCGGCUCCAGACUCUCUGGAAAUCAGAGCAGAAAUGAAGGCAGGAUGGAGACCAGUGAGACUCGGGCCAGCCCUGCUGAAGAGAACAAAGCACACAAGAGCCAGCUCCCAAAGGUCACGAACAAGCAGCGGCGGGAACAACAGCGGCUGGAGAAGAAGAAACGUCAGGAGGAGAGGCACCGCCUCAAAGCCCUGGAGAACAGAAACAGCAGCAGGGACGCGGGCAGAAGGGAGGCAGACGUGAACACACAGGUCACCUUGGUGAAGACCUUCGCUGCUCUGAACAUCUGACUCUCGGGCCCUGAGAGGUGAAGGGUGUGCCUACGCUGCAGACAAGGCUUCCCAGCCACGCCUCCUCCGAGGAUGAGACAACUGUCAGCGCCCACACAGGAGCCCACAGGAGCCAGUGUCCUUCAAGUGUCCUGUGUUUUGUUGUGUGACGAUGUGGUGACACCAUUCACCUCCUGGAACUCAAAACACUGAGCCAUAGGGCAGUCAUGGGGCAGGGGGUUUGUGUGCCCUGUGGGUCAGAGUGUGCUGGGUGUAGGUUCUUCCCCAGAGGCGUGGGGUGGCUUCCUUGUGCCGAUGCUUGAAGUCGCUCAGCAGAGUCAUUAGAGACCUUCAGUGACAACGCCCUCUGUUUCUCUCUCAUUUCCAAGCAGGAUGAGCGUCUUGGUUUCCCAGCUCAGGAGUGUGUUGGGGUUUGAUUGCUUCUGAUACGGGUCACUUGGACACAUCAGUGGUAGGACAGGACCAGUAGCUCCCAGCAGCCAUGGAGACCAAGGCCAUUUCCUUCCUCCUGUCUCUGGUUUCCCUCAGAGAGUGUGGGUGCCCCUCCCCUCUUGCUACGUGGUGCAUGUUCCUGGCUAUGGGUGAGACCUGGAUUUGCCAGGAGCCACACAGUGCAGGGGACUUUGGGACAGUGAGGAGAAGGGGUGGCACUGCUAUGACACACCUCUGAGCUCGGAAGUGCAGGCUGGGUCUAUAGCUGUGCAGGGGGAGCUGGGGCUCUUGGGUUUUUCUUGGAAGAGUCCAAAGACAGCAGCAGUCUACAGGAGGAAGGUUUCCAUGCUUGAAUUUUAAGUAACUAUAUUUUUCUUUUUGCUAUGCUAGACUCAGAAAGAUGCCUACAGAGAAAUGACUGGUUGUUUGAUCUUACAGGUUGUAAACUUUCGUAACAUGGAAACGGAAUGAAGUCCCAUAACAGAGCUUGACAGGCUGGCUCAGGCCACGCCUGUAACCCCAGCACUGGCGCAGAGGCAGGAUUGUUGCAAGUUUGAGGCCAGCCUGGGCUAUGUACUGAGUUCCAGGCUAGCUAGGGUUAGGAUGAAAGGGCCCGUUUCACUCCCCAUGUUUUUGUUUUUGUUUUUUUUUUAAGUUAAACCUUAUUUGAGAUUUCAGUACUGAGGAAAAUAUAGAAGCGGCUGAUGAGGCUGCCUGUGGCUAAGCUAGAUGGUUGAGGGCCUGAGAGGGCCUGCACCACCGGAGGUGCUGUUCCACUGACUAGGUUAUUUGGACAUUAAACUGUCAUGUGCCAUGUGAACAACCACGACUAAGUCAAUGCUCUCCGGGAACCUAGUAUUUGGACUAAUCCUGUAUACUGGGUCAAAAGAUAAAUUAUUUCUUAUCACUAAAGGCAAAACAAAAAUUAUAGAAGCAUCUAGAUGCAGACACCAGUGUUUGGGCAGGUCUCGGGUUAGCCCCGUCGACUGAUGAGCAGGCCGCUAGCUGCUUCAGGGUGAGGAUGGCCUCUAAUUGUCCAUUUGUUCAGCUUUGGAACUCUGUGUUUGGAACACCUGAAGUCUCCUGGACUCCCCCAGGACGCUGUGUUGCUUCCUGCUUACGGUACAGGGCAUUGCAAUGCUGUGCAGAUUUGCGGACGGCGUGGUCAGUCCCAGUAAGUAAGGGAGGGUGGUGGCCGCUGUGCUCUGAGGGAUGGGAGCCAGUGUUCCCUGAGGUCACCCGGGCAGGGUCUGAAUGAAAGCUCUCUGCUCCCAGCUUUGUACUGCCUGACGGCAGAACGCCAGGUCCUCGCAGAAAGGUCAGGGUUGUUUUCCAAAACCUCAGGAUUGGAAGUCAGCAGUGGCAGGCCUGGGGUAGUGUGCUCGCUGGUGGAGUGCUUGCCUAGUGUGUGGGCAGCCUGGGUUCCGACCCCAGCACUUAAAAAUCCAAGCUGUGGGCAGCUCUCAGCAACCCGACUGGUGCCUUCUCCCAGCUGCUGUGCUGCGUGCCUGGCAGGGGAAGCUGCCUGGGUCUCCUGGGUAUCCGAGUCAUCGAAGAGCACAUCUCUUUACAAACUUGCCUUUAGUUCUGUGUCACUUACCUCUGGCAGUAGCCUCUGCGUUCUGGAACACUGUAGCACUUUCUUUAAAACAAGCUUGUCUUGUCACCAUUCAGCUUUCCAGUUUCAGUUGGUGGAUUUAAUGUGCUGAUUAUUGGAAAUGGAGUCCCUGCACCCAGCUCAGGCUCAGAAUGUGGGCUCCACUACCUCAGUCUCUCAGAGGGAGAGGUGGAGUGUGGUCUGUCACAUCACCACGUUAGUGGGUACCUGACAGUUACCUCAUUGGCAGCCAAGGUGAGGCCCAGUGCAUUGAGCUUUGGGACAAUGAUGGUUGGCACUGUUCCUCCAGUCCAGGUGCUCUCAGAGAAGCUGUCCUGGGAAGGAAACCUGUCUGUGUCCUGGCUGCCACCCAAGAAUGUCAUGGUAGCUCACAAGGAGGCCACAAAGGAAAGCCGUGGUGCUUCGUGGCAGUUCACAGGCCUUAAUACUGUGUGCGGAGCUUUGCUAGGUUUUAAGAAUGAUUUAAGGUUAAAAUUACAGAAAUAAGUGAUGGCAGCACGUUUGUAUUGUAGGGAGAUGAGUUAGCACAGGCUACACUUGUAGAUAGCACAGCCCACAGGAGUUAGCACCGGGGAUACAGAGGUUCCUUCGGUUCUCAACAAGAACGGCUACCUAGAGGGAGUGAAGUAUGGCCAGGAACUGGGGUAGCAAGAAGCAGCUUCAGGCUGUAUCAGGUUGCCUGUGGUUUCUUCCGUAAGCUCUGAGAAAACCUUGGACUAUAUCAUGAUUGUGAAAGUGAUGAGGGCUGACCUAGCAGGGCAGCUGGGGUGGGGAUCAGUGGGGGAGCCUUCCUGUAGCUCAGGCACAGUGCCCACUUCCCUGGGGAACGGAGCAAUGUAUCCUGCAGUGGCAUGGCUGGAGGCAGUGGCUCGGGUUACCAGGUGGUGUCAGGUGGAUUGGCCUGUGCACUGCGCCCAGAGUGAGCCCCGCCUCAGUCUCUCACGUUCCGAGGAAUUACUGUCUGCCUGGGUUUUACCAGGAUAACAUAGAGUGCCCUUAUUUUACCUCUGAACCGAUCAGCUCGGGCAUCCAGCUGGGUAAAGGAAACUGGAAUGUCCAGGCAGAGGCUGUGAGCAAAGCCAGGAGGCACUCUCAGAGCCGUGGCCUUCGAGGCCCUCCUGGUCCUGUGACCAGCCCCAGCUUCAGCUUCUUACCUCUAGGCCCAGGUCAGUUACAGGGCUUCAAUUGUCUCCCAGGUUGGGGAGUGCUCACACCCAGGGCUGUCCCGAGCAGACCCAGUGGCACCGCUGUUGUUGUUGUUGUUUCCCAGGACGGUUUCUCUCUGUGGCCCAGGCUGUCCUCAAACUCAGAGAUCUGCCUGCCUCUGCCUCUUGUGAGCGUUGGGAUCAAAGUUGUGCGUGGGCCACCAUGCCUGGCCCCAAGAGGCACUUUUGACAGGAACGUUCCCCACAUCCUUACACGUCUGCUGUUCUACCAUCAUCCUUGUGUGUGUUGAUGUUCUAACGGUUGGCUGCUGGGCCCAGUUGGUGGUUUCUGCUGAGGGGAGUCAGGGAGGCAGGCAGCAGUGUCCCUCUGUUGUAGGUGGGAGUGCAUUGUGUGACUCCCUGCACUUUGAGGCUGGGCUCGGAGAGCUCUGUCCCAGGUCAAGUUCUGACAGUUCAUUCAGUCUGUUCUCUCUAGUCUGUUCAGUAAGUCAGUUGAAAUGGUGACUCUCCUCACGGUUGCUGGAGAAGGCUGGUAGCUGUGCGGAGGAUGCUGUCCCCGUGUAUAGUUGCACACUUGCACAGUGAGUUUAUGGUAAGCAGGGCGUACCAGGGCUCCUUUUGCUGUGUCCUGAGUACAGGAGGAAACCUUUGGGGUCUGGCUCCAAUCCUGCAUCCUGCAUCCUGCAGGCACCUGUUACAGCACCAAGGCAGUCAGUGAAGUUCUUCAGUCUCUGUUGAAACCUGAGCCCGGCUGGUGUGGAGCUCUUCUUGUCUUCCUGUUCUUGGGGGCUGGUUUUCCAUGGUGGCCACCCACCCAGCAUCCCUUACUAAGCUCAGGGAAGGGAGAUGAGCCUGGAGUUGGCAGGCUCAGCACCCAGUACCCAGCACCCCGCACCCCGCACCCUGCUCCCUUCCUGGUCACAGGGAUGGAUGGAUGGAGUGUCUGCCCAUCCCCCCAGGAAGAGGGCCAGUGUGUCUGCCUUCUCCCUUUCCCUAAUUGCACUAUGCUUGUUCUGGCUUCAGUCUAGAGGUGUCUGAGGUCUCCAUGGGAUCGUGACCCUUAGACUCAGCAAAUCUGCCUUAGCUCUAGAGCGUAGUGGUGAGGAAUCACCAUUUCCUGGUGUCUCGAGCCCAUUUCCCUCAGGCCCUCUCUCCACAGCGUGCGUUCAUCUGGUUCAUUUACUCUUUAUUUACUGAAGUACUGUACUUGGCUAUCUGCACUGUUUUAAGAACCAAAUGUUUUUGUGUUUUUAAUCCUCAACACUUGGUGCAAUAGAAGCCGCAAAGACGUGCCACUUUAUCUCUGGAACUGAU